UUUACUUCCGGUUCGUAGAGUGCACGGUCCAUUCUCUCCUACUGUAUUUCUGUGUGAUGGAGACGAACAGAAGCUAAUCAAACUCUUCAGUCCUUUCAGUAGCAUCUCUCCACUAUGGCUCUCUCCACUGCCCGGUCCUUUCUGUCCGAGGCGUGUUACGGCGAGCAGGAGCUGGACGCGAACUCCGCCCUCUUGGAGCUGGAUAAAGGCCUGCGCUCCGGUAAACUGGGUGAGCAGUGUGAAGCAGUGGUGCUAUUCCCCAAGCUCUUUCAGAAGUAUCCUUUUCCCAUUCUCAUCAACUCCGCCUUCCUUAAACUGGCAGACAUCUUCAGGCUCGGGAAUAACUUCCUCCGCCUCUGUGUGCUGAAAGUGACCCAACAAAGUGAGAAGCAUCUAGAGAAGAUCCUUAAUGUGGACGAGUUUGUGAAGCGCGUAUUUUCCGUCAUCCACAGCAACGACCCUGUGGCACGAGCCAUCACUCUCAGGAUGCUGGGGAGCCUGGCCUCAAUCAUCCCAGAGAGAAAAAACGCCCACCACAACAUCCGCCAGAGCCUGGACUCUCACGACAAUGUGGAGGUGGAAGCUGCCAUAUACGCCGCUGCUAGCUUCUCUGCUCAGUCAAAAGACUUCGCUGCUGGGAUUUGCAACAAAGUCAGUGAAAUGAUCCAAGGUCUGGACACUCCAGUGGAGCUGAAGCUGAAUCUAAUUCCCAUGCUGCAGCACAUGCACCAUGAUGCCAGCCUGGCCUCCAGCAGCAGAGAGCUCCUCCAGCACCUGGUGGACUCCUAUCCCUCCACCCCCAUGGUCAUCGUCACUCUGCACACCUUCACUCAGCUGGCAGCCUCCUCGCUCAUUCACAUCCCAAAACAGCUGCAGCUGCUGCUUCAGUAUCUUAAGGAUGACUGUAGAAAAGCUGUCAAAAGACUGGCUAUCAAUGACCUCAAGCUGCUGGCUAAAAAGGCUCCUCACCUGUGGAGGAGAGAGGACACUCAGACCCUGUGUGAAUGCGCACUGAGCAGCCCUUACAACAGUUUGAAGCUGGGCAUGUUGGCUGUCAUCUCCACCUUAUCUGGAACCAUCGCAAUCAAGCACUACUUCAAUAAAACGCCAGGUUCAUCUCAGGUGCCCCCUAGACUCACGGACCUGGUCAAGUUAGCACAGGAGAGCUGUUACCAUAGCAACCUGUGGGUGUCAGGUCACGGGGUCAUCGUCCUCACCAACAUCACGCUGUCUGGGCCAGACAAAGAUAUGGUGCAGCUGGAGCAGGACACUCUUCUGGCUCUGCAGUCUCUGGUGAUGCUCUGCAGUCAGGACCACAGCCCCAGCGCUCAGGCAACGCUGAAAACAGCUCUUACCUCAUUGGUCAAGUUGUUGAAGAAUCGCCCCCACUUGAGCCAAUCAGCAGUGGAGUUCCUGUUGGAGCAGCUGCAUGUGUCAUGUGAUUUGUCACGUGUGUCCAUGUGCCACGCCCUGGCCGCCAUCGCUUCCCACCUGCCUGUGUUGGGGGACUCCAUGCUGGGAGAUUUGCUGGAUCUGUACAGGGUGGCUAGCCACUCCUCCACAGACAAGCAGCAAGAGCUCCUGGUGUCCUUGGCCACAGUGAUGUUCGUGGCGAGUCAGUCUUCCCUCUCGGCGGAGGUCAAAGCUGUUAUAAAGCAGCAGCUGGAGAGUGUGGCCAAUGGAUGGACAGUGUACCGCAUUGCACGCCAAGCCUCACGCAUGGGCUGCCACGAGCUGUCCAGUGAGCUGUACCAGAGUCUGCGCACACGUGUGGCCUCUGAGCACUUCUACUUCUGGCUCAACAGUCUGAAGGAGUUCUCCCAGGCCGAGCAGUGCCUCAGCCACAUCCAGGACGGAGACUACAGCGGAGCUCUGAGCGCCAUCGCCGAAGCUCUGAGGUCCUACCAGAAGGGCAUUGCGUCACUCACGGCGGCCAGCACACCUCUGUCCCCCCUGAGCUUCCAGUGUGACCUGAUGAAGCUGCGCAUGGACACAGUACAGGCCCUGUCCCAGCUCCUUUGCACCUGUAACAGUCUGAAGACCAGCCCUCCUCCUGCCAUCGCCACCACGGUAGCCCUGACCUCCGGGAACGAGCUUCAGCGGUGCGGACGCAUCUCUAUGCAGAUGAAGGUGUGCAUGGAUGAGUUCCGGAGUCUGGCUGCUCGAUACGCUGAUCUCCACCAGUCUUCAUUCGACGCUGACUGUGCCACUCUACGGAAUGUGGAGCUACAACAACAGAGCUGCUUGAUGGUCUCUUAUGUUAUUGAAGCUCUGAUACUUGACCCCCAGGCUGCAAGUAGCUUCCAGGAAUGUGAUAGUCCGGGCGGGCUGCAGACAGAGAGUGAAUUUGAGCGCAGGAUGCUAUCUGUGUUCACCAAAGUGCUGGAGGAGGUGGAGGGGCUGAGUAAGAAGCACCCUCCUGUGUCUUACCUGCACACAGGCUGUCUCUGCAACGCCGUCAUAGCCCUGCUCAAAGUCCCACUGUCCAUAGAGAGGUACUUCUUCCAGAAGCUACAAUCCACCAGUAUCAAGCUGGCCCUGUCGCCCUCCCCACGCUCCCCGGCUGAGCCCAUCCCAGUGCAGAGCAGUCAGCAGCUGACUUUGAAGGUGGAGGGGGUGGUGCAGCACGGCUCCAGCCCGGGACUGUUCAGGAAGAUCCAGUCUGUGUGCCUUAGUGUGACCACCACACUGCAGAGCAAGAGCGGAGCCGACCACAAGGUGGCUAUGGAUGCUAAGACCAAUGAGAUGGAGCAGCGUGUGGAACCUCACAACGAUUACUUCAGCACUCAGUUCCUGUUAAACUUCUCGGUCCUGGGCACGCACGCUGUCACAGUGGAGGCAUCUGUGGUGGACCAGAGCGGCACCGAGUGGAAGACUGGCCCCAGGACCAGCCUCUGUGUGAAGUCUCUGGAAGACCCCUACUCCCAACAGCUCCGGCUCCAGCUCCAGCAGGGCCCCCAGGCACAGGCACAGAGAGGAGGGCCUUUCCCACGCUUCUAGACUGCAGCUCUGGCACCUGGCUACUCCCAUUUGUAUAUGAUUUUACUUUUUUUUAAUUAAAACUUAAAUGACUGGACUCUGGAUAUUUUUAUAGUUUUAUUUUUUGUGUAUGAUCUGAAGUGAGGUGGCAAAGGCACAGGAAUGGCAUCUGGUGUAAAAACCUAUAAAAAGCCUUAUGUGAAUGGUGAUUCCUAAUGGAAGAAAAUGGUAACUCUCACCAGUGUUGGGCAGUAACUAGUUACAAAGUAUGGGAUUUCUGUAAUCAGCUAUCUUUUUAGUAAUGCAGUAUUGUAACUAGUUGCAAUUGAAAAUUGACUAAUCAGAUUACAGUUACUAGCACUAGUAAAUUUUUAUUACUUUCCCUGCCAAAAAUUUGUGUAAUCCUCAGAACCUAUGUCAUAAAACAGUAAAAAAGAUAGGCACAUAAUGUGGCCUUCUGGUGUCGCUGUGAAUCAGCUGUUAACCAAAACCCAAAUACUGUUUUAUGGAGAACUGUGGCGUUGCCUCAGUGAGACAUGAGGGUCUAACAGAAAGCGC